AUGCUGCCAGCGUCGCCCUACGCGCGGUACGGUAUCGCCAUCGGAUUCGCCUUUCUCGUUCUGCAUUUCCUCGGCCAGGCCACAUCCCCUUCCUAUCGACACUCGACAUCCCUCGAACAGGCCCGUGUGCGACUAGGGCUGAAGGAGCGACCGGCAGAGACGUGGUACGAGGGACGGCGGGUACCGCCGUGGCGGGAAGUGCGGGUCAAGGCGCCGCCGCGGGAUGAGGAGAUUGCGGUGAAUACGACGCAGCGGGUCAGCGCGACCUUUGUCAUGCUCGCGAGGAACUCGGAUGUCUGGGGAGCGUUGGACAGCAUUCGGCAGGUCGAAGACCGCUUCAACCACCGGUACCAUUACGACUGGCUCUUCCUCAACGAAGAACCCUUCAAUGACGAGUUCAAGCGGCACGUUUCCGGCAUCGCCUCCGGCAAAGUCCAGUUCGGGUUGGUCCCCGAGUCCGAGUGGCCGAAGGGUUUCCCUGAGGGUAUCGACCAGGAGAAGGCGCUGCGUUUGAUCAACGAGAUGGGACAGAAGCCUAUACCCUACGGAGGAAGCGUGCCAUACCGCAAGAUGUGUCGAUACCAGUCUGGCGGGUUUUGGAAGCACGAGCUGUUGGAUCCGUAUGAGUUCUACUGGCGGGUCGAACCGAACGUCAAAUUCCUCUGUGACAUCCCCUACGACCCUUUCCGCGUCAUGAAGGACCAGAGCAAAGUCUACGGAUUCGUCGUCUCGCUCUACGAGUACCAAGCAACGAUCGAGACAUUGUGGGCUACAACGAAGAACUUCACGGACGCACAUCCUGAGUACCUCGCCGAGCCGAACAUGCUCGAGUGGAUCAGCGAGGAUGGAGGUGGAACGUACAACGGGUGUCACUACUGGUCCAACUUUGAGAUCGCCCGCAUCGACUUCUGGCGCUCUGAAGCGUACCGAGCAUACUUCGACCACCUCGACAAGUCGGGCGGCUUCUUCUACGAGCGAUGGGGAGACGCCCCGGUCCACAGUCUCGCCGCCUCGCUCUUCCUCCGCCCCGACCAGAUCCACUGGUUCUACUCGAUCGGAUACCGCCAUGAGCCCUUCCAGAACUGCCCGCUUCCGGGCUUCGGCACCAAGUGCGCAUGCUCGACAAGCCCGGACGACCCGCACAACAAUUUCUGGCAGCAUGGAUAUUCGUGUACACCGCGGUGGAGGAAACUGACGGGGUGGAAGGGGAUGACGCCGUUCUCGCAUGACUGA